AUGGAGAGGGGGAGAUUUGUAAUGGAGGAAGAUUCGAAGGGAUCUCCUCUUGGAUUGGAGAAGAGAGUGGAGUCCACAAACAAAAGUAGAAAGACACUACAGGACAAACAACUAACGACCGCUCGUGUAAGAGAAAUGAGGGGACACGUGGUGGCUGCGGACCACAUGUUCUGGCAGAGAGGAAGUUGGUUUCGUGUUGUGUUUGGAGACUGGGCUCCGUUGAAUGGAACUCUCAAGCAAUCUUCAAAGCGGACAAGGGAAGACAUGAGGGAAGGACAAGAGGAAUUUUCCGUCUGCUUGAAGCAUAAUUCCUUUUCAGCCAAUGAGAUAUUUUCUAAUGCAAAAGGAUUCUCAAGUCUGGUGCCUGGCUGGUUGGAAAAUUCUUGA